GUGGAGGAGAGAUUUAGAAAAACUAAUCAGGGCUCCCCUGAAGCACAGUCUAAGCAGAUGGGCAAAGUGUUGGAGCCACCAGUGCCUUCAAGAUCAGAGUCCUUUUCCAAUGGAAACUCAGAACCUGCUCAGCCUGCCCUGCAGAGGCCGGUGGAGCCUCAGGUACAGUGGUCCCAUCUGGCAUCUCUCAAGAACAAUGUUUCCCCUGUCUCGCGAUCCCAUUCCUUCAGUGACCCUUCUCCCAAAUUUGCUCAUCACCAUCUUCGUUCCCAGGACCCAUAUCCACCUUCACGCAGUGAAGUGCUAAAUCAGAGUUCUGACUCUAAGUCGGAGGUACCCGACCCCACCCAAAAGGCUUGGGCUAGAUCAGACAGUGACGAGGUGCCUCCAAGGGUACCUGUGAGAACAACAUCCCGAUCACCAGUCCUGUCCCGCCGUGAUUCUCCCCUUCAGGGUAGUGGGCAGCAAAAUAACCAAGCAGGUCAAAGAAACUCCACGAGCAAUAUAGAGCCUCGUCUGCUGUGGGAAAGGGUGGAGAAGCUUGUACCAAGGCCGGGCAGUGGCAGUUCUUCGGGUUCAAGCAACUCCGGCUCACAGCCUGGAUCCCACCCUGGCUCUCAGAGUGGAUCUGGAAGGAUGAGAUCAUCAUCCAAAUCAGAGGGUUCGCCAUCGCAGCGUCAUGAAAGUGCACCUAAAAAGCCUGAAGAGAAAAAGGAAGUCUUCAGACCUAUCAAGCCUGCUGGAGAAGUGGAUUUAACUGCAUUGGCAAAGGAAUUGCGAGCGGUAGAGGAUGUGCGGCCUCCACAUAAAGUAACGGAUUAUUCAUCCUCAAGUGAGGAGUCAGGGACAACGGAUGAGGAAGAUGAUGAUAUGGAACAAGAAGGAGCAGAUGAAUCUACUUCUGGACCAGAUGAUGUCCGAGCAGUGUCAACGUUGAACUUGAGCAAUGGUGAAACAGAGUCAGUGAAAACCAUGAUCGUCCAUGAUGAUGUGGAGAGUGAACCUGCCUUGACUCCUUCUAAGGAGGGCACCUUAAUUGUCCGACAGAGUACAGUUGACAAAAAGCGUGCCAGCCAUCAUGAGAGCAAUGGCUUUGCCGGUCGCAUUCACCUCUUGCCAGAUCUCUUACAGCAAAGCCAUUCCUCCUCCACUUCCUCCACCUCCUCCUCCCCAUCCUCCAGCCAGCCGACACCCACCAUGUCCCCACAGACACCCCAGGACAAGCUAACUACUAAUGAGACUCAGUCCGCUAGUAACACACUCCAGAAACACAAAUCUUCCUCCUCCUUUACACCUUUUAUAGACCCCAGAUUACUACAGAUUUCUCCGUCUAGUGGGACAACUGUGACUUCUGUGGUAGGAUUUUCUAGUGAAGCAAUGAGAUCAGAGGCAAUAAGGCAAGACCCUACACGGAAAGGAUCAGUUGUCAAUGUGAAUCCCACGAAUACGCGGCCACAGAGUGAUACACCAGAGAUUCGCAAAUACAAGAAAAGAUUCAAUUCUGAGAUACUAUGUGCUGCCUUAUGGGGGGUAAACUUGUUAGUGGGCACUGAAAGUGGUCUGAUGCUGCUAGACAGAAGUGGUCAGGGGAAGGUUUAUCCACUCAUCAAUCGAAGACGAUUCCAGCAAAUGGAUGUACUUGAAGGGCUGAAUGUCUUGGUGACAAUUUCUGGUAAGAAAAACAAGUUGCGAGUUUACUAUUUGUCCUGGUUAAGGAAUAAAAUCCUUCACAACGACCCUGAAGUAGAAAAGAAACAGGGCUGGACAACGGUGGGCGACUUGGAAGGCUGUGUGCACUAUAAAGUCGUAAAAUACGAAAGAAUCAAGUUCUUGGUAAUUGCAUUGAAGAGUUCUGUGGAAGUCUAUGCAUGGGCACCAAAGCCAUACCAUAAAUUUAUGGCCUUUAAGUCAUUUGGAGAAUUAGUACAUAAGCCAUUGCUGGUGGAUCUAACCGUAGAAGAGGGUCAGAGACUAAAAGUGAUAUAUGGCUCCUGCGCUGGCUUCCAUGCCGUUGAUGUGGAUUCAGGAUCGGUCUAUGAUAUUUAUCUACCAACACAUAUCCAGAGCAGUAUCCAGCCUCACGCAAUCAUCAUUCUCCCAAACACGGAUGGGAUGGAGCUAUUGGUCUGCUAUGAGGAUGAAGGAGUUUAUGUCAACACAUAUGGAAGGAUCACCAAGGAUGUGGUUCUGCAGUGGGGAGAAAUGCCAACUUCAGUUGCGUACAUCCGAUCCAACCAGAUUAUGGGCUGGGGAGAAAAAGCUAUCGAAAUACGAUCAGUGGAAACUGGACACUUGGAUGGUGUGUUCAUGCACAAAAGGGCACAAAGACUCAAGUUCUUAUGCGAACGUAAUGACAAGGUUUUCUUUGCCUCCGUACGGUCGGGUGGAAGCAGUCAAGUCUAUUUCAUGACCCUUGGCAGGACUUCUCUUCUGAGCUGGUAGAAGCAGUGGGUUUUGGCGAGGAAUUGCUGACAUCCAGAGUCUGAGAUCUUCAUAACUCGGAAUUAUUUUCAACUGGAGUACAGACCUGCACUAAGGCAGCACUCUGUGUAAAUGUGUGUGCAGGCAUCACUGGUGUUAGGUUUCUUUUUGUUUUCAACUGAGGCUGCGACGCAACUGGUGCUGUAAAGAUAUUGCCAUCAGGUGCUACGAUGUCUUUGAGAUUUGGGAUCAUGCUAGAAAGCUACAGGUCUUCUUUCCCCUUCAGCUCCAGGAUUCCUAGGCUUUGAAGGACUCUGUUUGUUAGUGUUAAAACAGAGAGGGGGGGAAAAAA